GCAUGGCGCUGUUCUUGUACAGGGCAAUUUCUUUUCUAGUGUAGUAGAUUAUUGGUUCUUGGUAUAUUGAUUACGGCGUAUUAAUAUUUAUGCAUAUUUAACAGAGCUGAAAUUGCAACACAAAAUUAAAUUAUUUUUAUUAAUAGAAUAGUGUAUUGCAUCUGUUUCUGGUGCUACAGGUCGGUCUGUGUUAUUUGGUGGUUAAACUGGUAAUAUGAACUGUAGUGUACAGUUGUAGAAUAGAGGUGAAGUUUGGCGUAAUACAGGUGGAAAUAGUACCCCCGUCAUGUCUGGAAGAAACGUGUGGACUCGUAGCCGGGACAGGAUGAGGAGAUUUCCAGAUAUGUUCACCCGCUGCUCAGCCGAGGCAGCUGUGUAUGGAAAGUGUGUGGUUGCCACUACAACUGGCAAACAGGAACUGAGGAAAGAUUUAUGUCUCAAAGAGUUUGAAGCUUUGAAGUCCUGCUUUAUUAAUGCUGCAAAACAGAGUGUAAAGUAGAGGGAGGAUAUCAGCCUUGCCCUGAGGACAUAUUUUUAUAAUCACUAGUUGCUGUUAAUGUGGUGUUCCAUUUUGAAAAAAAAACUGAGACCUUGUAUGUUUUAUUCACACAGUAAUAUACAGGAUGAAUAUAAUUGUACAAAAUAUUUGUAUUGUCCUUGUGCAAAAUAAAUUGUCUGUAUAGCUAUGUAUAUAAACUCAUAAAUUAAUUGUCAUAAAUUUUCAAUAACUGUCCCAUCCUGAUCAGGA